AUGGCUGAAAGUAUUGUCACCGUUUUUCUAGAGAAGUUAACUGACCUGCUUUCCAAGGAAGCAUUUCUACUCAGCAGAGUGGAAGAGCAGGUGAAGCUGUUGAGUAGCGAGCUCGAAUGGAUGCGCCUUUUUCUCAAAGACGCGGAUGCGAAGCGCAGAUAUGAUCCAAGAAUCAAGCUCUGGGUGAGUCAGAUCAGGGACGUAACCUAUGACGCCGAAGAUGUCAUCGACAGGUUCAUGUUCGAGAUGAAUCACCAACAGCAAGGAAGUCUCAAAUGCCUCCAGUUCCUUAAGUUACGAUUUGUUCACAAGCUCGAGUCUCGAAUCAGAGAGAUCAAUAUCAAGAUUGAGAAGAUCAUGGCUAACAAAUCAAGGUACGGUGUCGAAACCUUACCAGCUGCAAGCUCGUCCAACGAAGCUGUGCCACAUAAAGAGAAGAGGGCUCCGAUUGUUGAAGUCAACGUGGUGGGAAUUCAAGAGGAUGCAAAAAGCGUUAAGCAAAAUCUGCUUAAUGGAGAGAUGCGGAGAGCUGUGGUGUCCAUCGUGGGCAUGGGUGGCUUGGGAAAGACUACCCUGGCUAAGAAAGUCUAUAAUGAUAAUGAUGUCCGGCAAUGCUUUGAUUGUCAUGCUUGGAUUUAUGUCUCUCAAGAGUAUACAAUCAGGGAGCUUUUGCUAGGCGUUGCUGUUUGUGUUAGGAUUCUCUCCGAAGAGGAAAGGAGUAAAAUGGACGAGAGCGAGUUGGGGGAUAGGCUUCGUGAUUACCUGACUACCAAGAAGUACUUGAUAGUUUUGGACGAUAUGUGGAGAAAUGAAGCUUGGGAUAGGCUGGGCUUGUAUUUUCCUGACUCGGUGAAUGGCAGCAGGGUGUUGAUCACCUCACGCAAUAAAGAGAUUGGUUUUUAUGCUGAUCCACAAGCCAUUCCCCAUGAACUUUCUUUUCUGACUGAAGAAGAGAGCUGGGAGCUCUUUCUCAAGAAAAUUUUUCUGGCUGGGAGUGCAAAUGCUGUUUGCCCCAGAGAAUUGGAAGAGUUGGGAAAGAAAAUUGUAGCAAAUUGUGGGGGUUUGCCCCUUGCAAUUGUGGUCUUGGGAGGCCUUCUAUCAAGAAAAGAAAAGACACCGCUCUCCUGGCAAAAAGUACUGGACAGCCUGACUUGGCACCUAAAUCAAGGUCCAGACUCAUGUUUGGGGGUCCUUGCUUUAAGCUACAAUGAUAUGCCGUAUUACUUGAAGUCCUGUUUCCUUUACUGUGGUCUUUUCCCAGAAGACUCAGAAAUCUGGACAGAUAAGUUGAUCCGCUUGUGGGUUGCAGAAGGGUUUAUACAAAGAAGAGGAGUAGAAAUAGCGGAAGACGUCGCGGAAGAUCACUUACAGGAAUUGGUACAUAGAAGCAUGAUUCAAGUGGCUGCCAGGAGUUUCGAUGGAAGAGUGAUGUCCUGUCGCAUGCACGAUCUGCUUCGAGACCUUGCCAUUUCUGAGGCCAAAGAUACAAAAUUUUUCGAGGGAUAUGAAAGCAUUGAUUCUACAUCCCCUGUGAGUGUUCGUCGACUAACCAUUCAUCAAGGAGAGGAAAUGUUAACCAUGCCGCACCUUAUGCCUUUCUCAGACCACACCUACCUUUACCAUCUAAGUUUAAAUGGAAGGCUCGAAAGGUUCCCUGAUGAAAUUGAAUUCUACCCUCCAAACCUCAUCUCCUUGGAAUUGCGAUAUCGGAAUGCAGAGCAAAACCCAAUGGUGACCCUAGAGAAGCUGCCAAACUUGAGAUUUCUCAGAUUAUCCCUUUGUUCCUCUAUGUUAAAGAAGAUGGUCUGUACUUCUGGAGGAUUCCAGCAACUCGAAACCCUUAGGCUCUGGGGUUUGAAAGAAUUAGAAGAAUUGAUUGCGGAGGAAGGGGCAAUGCCUGAUCUGAAGGAUUUAGUAAUUGAUGCUUGCCCUAAAAUGAAAAGGCUUUCCCAUGGAUUGCUGCAACGAAAAAAUUUGCAGCACCUAAAGUUGUAUGAUUUGUCUCCUGAGUUAAUGGAUGAGCUUUCUCGGAUAGAAGGAGAUCUGGAGAAGAUCUGCCUCGCCACCUCAAUACACGGGUGGAGGCGUACGGCAUCUUGA